GGCCCUGCCCCGGCCGCCUUCCCGCCUCUCCCGCCGCUCUCCGCGUUGCCGCGGCGACGGGCGGGAGGUGCGGCGGGACGGCGCCGGGCCUGGCCGGGCUGCGGGGCUCGUACCGCGGCCACAGCGCAGCGGGGGCGGCAGGAGCGGAGUGGGGAGCAGGUUAAAACGACAAUCAGUAUUAUGGAGGAGGACUUAGAAGUGUUCCAGGAGCAAGCUGUGACUAAAGUUUCUCCAUGUGAAGCUGAACUUCAGGAAUUAGUGCAUCAAAUUGACAUCAUGGUAAACAGAAAGCAAGUAGAAUGGGAAAGAAAGAUGAGAGCUUUGGAAGCAAAGAUGGAUAUCCAGGAUCAAGAAUUAGCAAGUGCCCAAAGCAAACUGGAUCAAAAAGGUCAAGAGGUGGGACUACUUCAACGAGAAUUGGAAAACUUACAGAAAACUAAAAAUGAAAUGGCUCAGAGUUAUGAAACUCAGCUUCAAGCACUGAAAUCUCAAGAAUUGAAGGCAAAAUCACAAGAAUGGGAGAAUGGGAUAACCUGUGUAAAUAACCCUGCUUAUGUAGAUAUGCAACCAAAAUUAUUGCCCGAGAAAUGUAAUUUAUUUCAGACGCAGACCCAUAAUUAUCAACUCCAAAUAUGCAAUAAGAAACAAAACCAAGAAGAGCCAAUUACCUGUACCCAGCCCAGAAGUGAAAUUGAUGAUUUGAUUAUUGAAAAGCUAAAGGCAAUUGUGAAUGAAAUAGGAAGAAACAAGAAUAAACUGGUAGAGGAAAAUAUGAAACUCCGUGAGGAUCUAAAAAUGUACCAAAAUCAGUGCCAGAACAUGGAGGCAGACAUCUCAGACAUGAGAAAUGAGCUUCAGUCAAGGGAUGGUCUCUGGAGAAGGAUACAACUGGAAUGCCAGAAGUUGUAUACAGAAUUAUUGAAAAUCAAAGAGUAUAAAGAGAUGCAGGAAAUUCAAAUAAAGUAUGAAUGGCAUCAAUCAUCUCAUGUUCAGCUUACUGAGCAACUAGAAAAUAAAAACCCCGAGCUAUUGCUAUUUGCAGAAAGUCAAGAACGCCAAGAAGAAGAGCUGAACAAGAUAAGAAACCAUGUUUAUCGAGAGGAGCAGUCCCAUUGCUCUGAGCAGGAAAGAAUGAAGACAGAAAUCUCUGACCUGACAGAGGAGCUUCAUCAGAAGGAGAUCACUAUAGCAACUGUCAUGGAGAAAGCUAGUCUCCUGGAAAGACAGUUAAAAAUGGAGUUAGAGACAAAACACAAAUUGUUAACAAAACAGCAGUUGUUGGAAUUCCAUUACCAAGUUAUCAAAUCUGAAAACACACAUCUAAAAGAAAUGGUGGAAAACCAGGAGUGUGAAAGUUGCACGUGUAUAGAUUUAUGUAACAAAGAACAUGGAAAUUUCACAGCUUCUGUUCACAAAAUGAAACAUGAGAAUUUAAGACUACAAAAUAGCCUUGUUAAACCACAAAAUGACACAGAAACAUCGAUACUGGGUUGCAUGGAUACAUAUAGAGAAACAGAGCACAGCUGCCAAACCCAUUCAAAGAUGCAAGGAAAGGAAGAGAGAUCCUUCCAAAAUAAAGAUUCAUGGGAUGUGGAAUGUCAACAGAGUGCUAUGCUCACUGCUGGUGGAUACCACAGAAAGUGCAGUCCUGCUUUGUAUGGCCAAUGCAAUAUCACAGGUUCAAAAAGUGAUAGCACUUUAUCUUCUCAUCCACUUCACAGAGGCCAUGAAAAGAAAAUAGAUUAUAAAUGUCCAUUACCAUCAGUGGGGUAUCCUUUGGUUCUUCCUGGGCCAUUUCCUGAAGUGGGCAGAACUGGCAGCUUUCAGAGCCCUGCUUACAAUGCAGAAGAAAUCAAAUUUUCGUCUCCCCCUGAGAUGUCCUUCCUUGCAACAACAGAAAAGUUCCGUCAAGAGGAAGAGAAACACGCAAGAGAAUUUGAAGAACGUUUAAAUUCACACCUUGAAGAGCUGCAAAGAUAUUCUGAAAAUACUCUAAAAAAAUAUGCCAGGAUGCAGCAAAGCAGGCAUACUUAAACCAGUCACACAAUUAAGAAAGGCAAACCGAGUAAUCACUCAUGAGUUUCUCAGAACUAAAAUCUGCAACUAGCUGCUUAAUGUAUUUAGGCACAUUGCCAAUAGCAUGUAUUUGUAACACCAAGUUUUCAAGAAAAUCAUCAUUCUCCUACAGAUUUAAGUAUAUUGUAACUUGACUGUAUGACAAAAUAAACUUUGAACAUAUUCUAAAAUAUACAGAUGGGUUUUGCACAGUUAAAUUGUGUGCAGCAGAGACCCUGUUGCAGCACUGUAAAUUAAGAUGCUUAAAAUUCUGUAAUGUACAGAGGGCUAAUAAGUGGAAUUAUUCCCUUGAAAUUAGAAUCAACUAUGAGAAAUUCUCUAGAUUGUACAGAAA